AUUAUAAAAAAACAUUUUGUUUCAUGCUUCUCCAUCUCUCCCCACCAAAUCUAUGCUAUUUCCGUUUUGUAGAUAACAUAUGAUAUCAUCACUAUCUCCCCAAUUCAGGAAAAUUAACACUUUCCUCUCUCUCUCUCUCUCUCUCUCAAAAUCUCUCUCUCUCUAUAAAAAUAUGCCCUAGUCCUAUGCUAUUACACUCGCUAUGAGAGAAAAAAACACUAAAUAAAUAGAAGGAAAAGGAUCUGCCCCUCUUCUAUUUUUCAUAACUCCCAACCAGUUACAAGCUAUUUCUCUCUCUAUUGUUUAAAAAAUGGAGUCCCCCCUCUCUCUCUCUCUCUCUCUCUCUCUCUGAGAUUCAGAGCCCUUAAUUUAAAAACGUAUUAGGAGUUAACCCGAGUAUUUAUUCAUUAAAAACCAAAGCAAGGAAAGAAGGAAAGUAGAUUUCAGUUUUGCCAUCACCAUCCACUUGUGAGAUCCUGAUCCACUUCUUGCAUGCUCGUGCUUCUUUGCAGGCAACAAUCCAAAGCAAAAGCCAUAAAAAUUCCGAAAACCCAGGUGUAAAUGCAAGCGACAAGCUUCAAAUUACAGGAAGCCAUUGCCCCUUUUUUGGGGUUGGAUCACAAGAGAUGAUAGCACUUGGUGCAGGGUCAUUGGGGGGCUCUUGUUGUGAAUGUACAAUACCCAAGAAUUGUUCUGUAAACACUGAAGCUUUUUGGGGUUUUAAUGGUGGUGGGCUUCAGAGAGAGAGAAAGGAUUUUGGGGUUCCUCCCAAUUUGUGUUACAAGAAUUCUACUAAUUUGAACGGACUGAGAAUCAGUACUUAUUGUGGGGGAGGAAAUCGUAAUCCUUUAUCGAGUUUGUCAAGAAUGACUUAUUUGAAUGGAGAAGGUCAGAAUCCAACUCCUCAUGGAACAGAGGAUUCGAGCAAUUUGAAGGAAAUGGAUGUGAACCACCAUUCAAUGCGCACUGUGGGGAACUCUACAAACAUUGUCUGGCAAGAAUGUUCAGUUGGCAAAGCUGAACGGCAAAAGUUGCUUCAACAGAAAGGAUGUGUUAUUUGGAUUACAGGUCUCAGUGGUUCAGGUAAGAGCACAUUGGCGUGCUCAUUAAGUAGACAGCUUCACUGCAGAGGGAAGCUUACUUAUAUACUUGAUGGUGACAAUGUUAGACAUGGGCUGAACAAAGAUCUUAGCUUUAAAGCAGAAGAUCGAGCAGAAAAUAUACGCCGGAUUGGAGAAGUGGCGAAGCUCUUUGCAGAUGCUGGUGUCAUAUGCAUUGCUAGUCUUAUCUCUCCUUAUAGAAGAGAUAGGGAUGCAUGUCGAGCCAUGUUACCUGAAGGAACUUUUAUUGAAGUUUUCAUGAAUAUGCCCCUGGAAGUAUGUGAGGCAAGGGACUCAAAAGGCCUCUACAAGCUUGCACGUGCCGGAAAGAUUAAAGGUUUUACAGGGAUUGAUGAUCCAUAUGAACCACCGGUAAAUUGUGAGAUUGUAGUGGAGCAAAAAGAUGGAGUUUGCUCAUCUCCAACUGCCAUGGCAGAACAAGUCGUAGCGUAUUUGGAAGACAAUGGCUUUUUGCAAGCAUAACUUCACUUAGUCCUGUCCACCAGCCAAAUGACUGUCCACCAGCCAAAGGAGUUCUUUCUCCUUUACCAAUUGAUUUUUAUUCCGUCUGUCAACUGCCAAGUCAAAGGAGUUCCAUCUCCUUCACCAAUUGAUUUUUAUUCCAUCUGUCCACCGCCAAGCCAAAGGAGUUCUUUCUCCUUCACCAAUUGAUUUUUAGUUUGUCUGUCCACCGCCAAGCAAAAGGAGUUCAGCCAGUGAGUUCUUUCUCCUUACUGUAAAUCACAAAAUAAGCAUGUGAAUUCUUCUAUAUUCUAGUGGUCAUGUUAGGCAUUUGAAUUUGUCUAGAUUCUAGUGGCCAUGUUGGGUUUAUGUCAUGAAAACUGCCGUAUAAUAAUUGAUGUUUGGGCCUCAUUAGCAAUAAAUUGGGUCUCUAUGAAGAUUAAGGGAGAUAACCUGUGAGUUUGGCUUCGUGUUUUCACAUUUUGAUUUUUGAUUUUGAUUUGAUAUUAAUGGGUAAAAAAGAGAGGUUGGCCAGAUUUGAAAUGUAGGUGCUGAGAUUUAUGUAUGUAGAUGCUGAGGCUUAUGUUUGGCAAGUGGUCAUUUGUUAUUGAUGGUUGGA